AAAAUCUUGACAUCCACACGACGGUCGCUCGCUAGUCUGAGCCCGAGAAUGGAGGCGUCUCUGGAGUCUCAGAUGAACGAAAUAAUGUCGCAGCCUGGAGUUACGGGGGUCCUGUGUGCAGACGAGCAAGGUCUCGCCCUCUCAGCUCAGGGAACUCUGACCCCGCACAGUGCAGGGCUGGUCUCCGUGGUGACAGAGAAGGCAUGCCAGCUGCGACACGGAACCGAACCUGACGAAAAACCUGUGGUUGUCAUGGAGUUUGACACGGGGAAUGUUCUGAUUCGCUCUCAUAAUAACUCGACUCUUGCUGUGCAUAAAGUCUGAGCAGCUGUCCUACUCUAUGUUCAGUCUUUGUGUGUGUAUGUGUGUGUGUGUUCUUGUAUUGAUGCUUUGAUGACAAGUCAAAGAGGCAGGUUAUAUGUUGGAGAUGGUUUUCAUUCACAUAACAUGUGUAUAC